AUGGCAGCCAAGUCGAGCUACCAGGUGCAGCAGCACCUCACAAAGCUCAAGAACCCCGAUGCCGACCUGCGGUACAUGGCCCUCAACGACCUCGCCAACGAGGCGCGCCAGCAAGGGUUCGCCAUCGACGAGGCGACCGAGUACCAGCUCGUCGACAACGUCCUCUCGCUCGUCCAGGACAUCAACGGCGAGGUCAAGAGCGUCGCCGUCAAGACGCUCGCCACCUUGGUCCCGUUCGUCCACGCCAACCGCAUCCAGACCAUCAUCGACCGCCUCGUCCAGUUCACCGCCAGCAAGGACGAGGGCGUGCGCGACAUUGCCUCGCUCGGCCUCAAGAUGGUCGUCGCCAACAUCCAGCCCGACUCGCCUUUGGCCCAGACGUGCUGCACCAAGCUCGCCCCCGAGGUCGUCAAGCAGCUCGCCGACCCGGCCUCGUCGGCCGAACUCGUCCUCGACUCGCUCGACCUCGUUAGCGACCUCCUGUCGCGCUUCGAGUCGACCGUGCGCACCCUCCCCAACCUCCAGCAGUCGGUCCUCAAGGCCGCCACUCCGCUCCUCGCGCACGGCCGCGCCGCCAUCCGCAAGCGCACCGUCGCCACCCUCGCCGUCCUCGUCCCCUCGGCCCACUCGUCCGCCCUCCUCGACUCGCUCCUGUCGACCACCGUCCUCCCCUCGCUCCAGAAGGGCUCGUCCGACGACCACCUCCGCACGAGCAUCUCGCUCGUCGGCGCCCUCGCCCGCUCGGCCCCGGCCCAGGUUGGGCCCAAGGCGGGCGCCCUCAUCCCGCUCGUCCUCGAGGGCGCCGAGCGCGACGACGACGAGGGCAAGGAGGGCGUCCUCCAGUGCCUCGAGGCGUUCGUCCUCCGCUGCCCGACCGAGGCCGCCCCGCACCUGAGCGCCGUCGUCGACAAGGGCACCGAGCUGUUGCGGUACGACCCCAACUAUGCCGGCGGCGACGACGACGGCGAGCAGGGCGACGAGGACGAGGCCAUGGGCGACGCGUCCGACGACGAGUUCGGCGACGACGACGACUUUGACGACGACUUUGACGACGACGACGACACGUCGUGGAAGGUCCGCCGCAGCGCGACCAAGCUCCUCACGGCGUGCAUCGCGACUCGCCCCGACCUCCUCGCGAGCUUCUACACGAGCGUCAGCCCGGCCCUCGUCGCCCGCUUCGGCGACCGCGAGGAGACGGUCCGCGUCGAGGUGUGGGCCACCUACACGGCCCUGCUCAAGCAGACCAAGGCCGUCGUACGCCCGGCGUCCUCGUCGUCGGCCCUGCCAGGUGGCCAGAGCCCGCGCAGCCACCUCAAGCGCAAGCGCUCCGACUCGACCGCGCCCGCGUCCGGCGCCGCCAUGGACGUCGACGCGAGCCCGCUCUCGCAGCUGCACGCCCAGACGCCCCAGAUCGUGCGCGCCAUCGUCAAGCAGCUCGGCCUCGCCAAGGCCGUCCCGACCAAGCAGGCCGGCUUCACGCUCCUUCACGAGCUCGUCGCCGUCGUCGACGGCGGCGGCCUCGAGUCGCAGGUGCCCGCGCUCGUCACGCGCGUCGAGCAGGCCCUGCGCACGAGCGAGGGCGGCCUGUCGGGCGCCGCAACGAGCCUCAAGAUCGAGGUGCUCGCGUUCCUCGCGCUCGUGUUCCGCACGCACCACGUGCGCGCGUUCGCCGACGAGCUCGACCGCGUCGUGCCCCUCGUCGCCGAGUCGAUCCAGGACCGGUUCAACAAGAUCGCCGCCGAGGCCUUCUCGACGGCGGCGGCCCUCGUGCGCGUCCUGCGCCCGGUCGGCCCGUCGGCCGCGUCGUCGUCGUCGAGCCCGCUCUCGGCCGAGCAGACGCAGCCGUACCUCGCGCAGCUGUACGCCGCGACCAUGACCAAGGUCGCCGGCUCGGACGCCGACGAGGACGUCAAGGCGCGCGGCAUGUCGACGCUCGGCGUCCUCCUCGCCCACUCGGGCGACUCGCUCCCGUCGUCCGACCUCGAGGCCGCCCUCGCCUUCCUCAAGGACCGCCUCGCCAACGAGGUGCAGCGCGUCACGGCCGUCCGCACCGUCGGCCUCGUCGCCGCGUCGCCGCUCGCGAGCGGGUCCGCCGUCGACGCGUGGGCCGCACAGUGCACGCCCGACGUCGCCGCCCUCCUGCGCAAGGUGCACCGCCCGCUCAAGCUCGCCGCGUUCGAGGCCCUCGGCGCCCUCCUGUCGCGCGUCGGCGAGAACCUGAGCAGCUCGACGGCCGACGCCCUCCUCACCGACCUCGCGCCCCUCCUCGACGCCCAGGGCGCCGACGUCACGCUCGUCCCGCACGCGCUCGCGACGCUCGUCGCCCUCCUCGACACGGGCGCCGACGACGUCGCGUCGCACGUCGAGCAGCACGCGCUCGACCGCGUCGUCGCCCUCGCCGUCUCGCCGCUCCUGUCGGCGUCGGCCGGCACGGCCACCGAGGGCCUCGUCGCCUUCUUCGAGGCGUACGUGCGCGCGCCUGGAGCCGACGGCGCAGAGGUCGUCGACCGCCUUGUCGAGGCCGGCGGCGAUGCGGACGUCGCGGCCGUCGGCGUCGUCGCUCGGUGCGUCGGCGCCGUCGUCAAGGUGCAGGGCAAGCUCGCGACCAAGGUCGUCAAGGAGCAGGAGAAGGUCGUCAAGUCGAGCAAGGCGUCGACGAACGCGCUCAUUCUCGCGCUCCUCACCCUCGGCGAGGUCGGUCGCGCUGUGGACCUCGGGUCGCACGAGGCGACGUUCAAGAAGAUCGUCGAGCAGUUUGGCGCCCAAUCCGAGGACGUUCGGCGCUCGGCCGCUUUCGCUGCGGGCAACAUCGCCGUCGGCAACUCGAGCGCGUUCCUGCCGACCAUCCUCGAGCUCAUCCAGUCGGACGACAAGAAGCGCUACCUCGCGCUCCAGGCGCUCAAGGAGGUCAUCAUCCACUCGACGCCCGAGGCGCUCGCGUCGACGUCCGACACGCUGUGGACGCCCCUGUUCGAGAACUGCGAGGCGCAGGAGGAGGGCACCCGCAACGUCGCCGCCGACUGCCUCGGCCAGCUCACGGUCAUCAACCCGGCCAAGUACCUGCCGCAGCUCCAGGCGCGCCUCUCGUCGUCGUCGCACCACACGCGCGCGACCGUCAUCGCCGCCUUGCGGUUCACGUUCACCAACGACUCGACGACGUACGACGAGCUCCUCGCGCCCCUCAUCGUCGAGUUCUUCAAGCUCAUGCACGACUCGGACCUGGGCGUCCGCCGCCUCGCCCUGUCGUCGCUCAACUCGGCGGCGCACAACAAGCCGCACCUCGUGCGGUCGCACCUCGACACGCUCCUCCCCGAGCUGUACGCCCAGACCGAGAUCGACACGAGCCUGAUCCGCAUGGUCGAGAUGGGCCCGUUCAAGCACAAGGUCGACGACGGCCUCGACAUCCGCAAGACGGCGUACGAGUGCAUGCACUCGCUCCUCGACACGUGCCUCAAGGACAUUGACCUCAACGCGUACCUGUCGCGCAUCAUCGCCGGCCUCGCCGACGAGGAGGAGGUCAAGAAGCUGUGCUACGUCAUGCUCAGCAAGAUGGCCCACGUCGCCCCGACCGCCGUCACUCAGCGUCUCGACGAGACGGUCCCGUCGUUCGAAGAGACGCUCGGCAUCGUGCUCAAGGACAACGCCGUCAAGCAGGAGGCCGAGCGCACGCUCGAGCUCCAGAAGAGCGCUGUCCGCUGCCUCGCCGUCCUCAACAAGCUCGCCUCGCCCGCCGCGACGCCCAAGUUCAGCGCCUUCAUCGACACGACCGUCGUCAACGGCAAGAUGGCCGCCGAGUUCAAGGAGUCGUCCCGGCAGAGCCAGGUCGUCGCCAUGGACCUCGACUGAGAGGUGCACGGUCACCUCCGCCUUCUCCCCCUUUCCCUCUCCCUCACUCGUUUCCUGUCCGCCUCUCCCUCGCUCUCGCAAAAGUCCGCAGUGCAGCGAAUCCUUGUCAGUGCCUCUCUUCCCCUUGUCCCUAUACCCCUCGCUUGAUCCAGCUCUCCCUGCAACCGUGGACUCGUUCGCUUCGUC